UGGUCACACCUACAGCGCUGCACAAAAUCAGCUGACAUAUGUACGUAUAUCUUAGUAUACGUGAGGAAGCGAUGAUAUUUAUUCAGUUGACUUAGGAACUUUGUAGUGUGAACGUGUCGCAUUGUUAUUCCACUGAUUUCUCAUUCGUAAUAGAGGUGAACUGCCGUGUUUGUUAGGUAUUCGCAAUAAAAUGGAUCCCAAAUUUGUGCGAGGUUUCUCUCUCAAAGAAGCCUUAGAUAUAGUAUAUAACGACGAAGAAGAUAGCAAUGGUGUGUGUGACAUUUACAUAUCACCGCCGGAACCAAAUGUACUGACAGAUGAAGAUUCGGGUGAUGAAGAAGGCGGGGAAAUGGAUAAUUUAUCACGUGGCCAAUUAUCAACUGCAGCAGAAAUCCGACUUUCUGACAAUUCGCGCAUAACUGGCUUCGAAGAUGUUUCAAAUGAAGAAGGCAGUGAAGGAGACAAUAGUUUAUUAGAAAGUGAAGUUAGUCAGAUUGAAAAAUGUGGUCCAAGCACUAGUUCAAACAAGAGCACCAAAAAGACGAAUUCAACGAAGAAGCCGCAGAAGAAAGUGAAAGAAACACUCAAAAGAACUUGGAUCGAGGGCGAUCUUCUAAAAACGACAGCAGUAUUUCCACAGCCAGACUAUACCAAUUUUAUAGGAAAAUCCCCAACAGAUUUAUUUGAAUUGUUUUUCGACGACGACAUUGUUCGUAUGUUAGUAGAAGAAUCAAAUAAAUAUGCGCUCUUCCUAAACCAUCCAGAUCCGAAAAUAGAAUCUGAUGAAAUGAAGUGUUUCAUCGGUAUACUUAUUUUGACCGGGUAUAACUCUCUUCCCGGAAAAUGUUUUUACUGGGAUUCAGAAUCGGACAUGGGAAAUCAAUUAGUAAAGGAAGCAAUGCGUAGGGACAGAUUUCGACAGAUAAUGCGUUUUUUACAUUGUGCCGAUAAUACCAAACCCAAUUACAAAGACAAAAUGUGGAAACUUAGGCCGCUCAUUGAAAAACUUCAAAAAAAUUAUUUGAAAUAUUUUAAGCCGACAGAAAAUAUGAGUUACGACGAAUGUAUGGUGAAAUACUAUGGCAGACACAGCUGCAAACAGUUUAUUCGCGGAAAACCGAUAAGAUUUGGCUAUAAAGUAUGGAGUUUGAAUGCCGAAAACGGCUACCUAAUCAACUUCGAUAUAUAUCAGGGAAGUAAUCCGAAGUCGGUUACUGAAUAUGACAAUAAAUUUGGAAAAGCUACUUCUCCAUUACUAAUAAUGCUAGACUCCUUGCCAGAUAGAAAUCUUCGUUAUCAAAUUUAUACAGACAAUUUGUUUACGAGUUUCAAUCUUUUGACGGAGCUAAAGCAAAGAGGCUAUGGAGUUACAGGAACCGUUAGAGAAAAUAGGGUUCCAAAGGACUGCCCAAUAACUUCUAAAUUAGACAUGAAGAAAAAAAAAAGAGGUUCUAUCGAGUCUAAAAUUUCAAAAGAUGAAGGUGUGAUACUAGUGCGUUGGACUGACAAUGCCCCUGUUACCAUGGCUUCAACUUCUUAUGGAAUUGAACCCACUUCUUUGGUGAAAAGAUAUUCACAGUCCGAGAAGAAAAUUAUUCAAAUUCCCCAGCCACGUCUUAUAAAUGCCUAUAAUAAAUAUAUGGGUGGGACAGAUCGGAUGGACGAAGAUAUUGCGCGCCAUAGAAUAGGUAUCAGAAGUAAGAAAUGGUAUUGGCCGUUACUUACUUGGCUUAUAGAUACCGCAUUACACAAUGCAUGGAUACAGUAUAAAAGUGCAGGUAAUUCAAUUACUAAUCUGAAUUUCAGAAGAGAAAUUGUAAAGGUAUACCUAAAUAGGUUUAAAACUGCCCCAAAAAGAUAUGGAAGACCAACAACGAGUAGAAAUAGUGUCUCCAUGAAUAGGAUUUCGGAUGAUAUCAGGUAUGACCAUAAGGACCACUUAGUUGUUCCAGUUCCAAAUAACAAGAGGAGAAGAUGUGCCGGAGAAGGAUGCUCCUCUGUUGGUCGAACACAGUGCAAUAAAUGUGAUUUGGGACUAUGUGUGGAAUGUUUUUAUAUAUUUCACAUUAAAUAAUUUGUUCGACAUUUCUGUAUUCAUAUUGGGCUAGUGUGACCAUAUGGUUACGCCAUUUUUUUGAGAAAAAUAAAGGAAAAAAAUGCAUAAUUCUUAUUCUACCCAACACUGAUAAAUGGAAUUCACUCAAUAGAAUCGCUAAAUUUGCUCUCUUGAAAAAAUAAUAAUUCCGCCUUUGAAGG